ACCACGGUGGGGCCAGAAUACUUGGUUAGCAAAAAAACAAUUAUUUAACAUGUAAAUAAGACCUAGGUCUGGGCAAAAUAACCAGAACUGAAGAACCGAAUCGAAAUACCCGAAAUCAGAACCGGACCAAUACCUUUAAAUAUCCGAACGGUUCCUAUAUUUUUAUAUCCGAAAUAACCGAAUCGAACCGGAACCGAACGGGUACCCAAAUAUAUAAAAAUAUUAAUAAUAUAUACAUAUAACAUCACUAGAUAUAUAUUUUUAAUUUAAAAUUUUAUUAAAAGUAUUUGAAAAUAGUUGAGGAUAACUAAAUUAUUAUAAAGUAUCCGAAACUAUCCGGAUAGUUUUAUCCGAAAUAUCCAAAGUAAUCCGAAAUAUCCAAAUUUUUUAUCUAAAUCAUUCCAAGUAUUUGAUAUUUUAUCCUAAAUAACCGAUAUUUUUUUCCAAAUUAUCCGAAUUACUCGAACUAUCUGAACCCGAACCAAAUCCAAAUGAGAACCAAACUUUUUCCGGAUAUUUUUUGGUUCCUACAUUUACUAUCCGAACCGAACCGAACCGAACUGAAAAUAAGUCAAAUACUAAAUGGAUCCUCUAGCCCCUAUCCGAACUACCCAAAACCCGAAAUAACCGAACCGAAUCGAUACCCGAAAUGCCCAGGCUUAGCAAGACCUAUAAAGUCCAUGUAGAGAUUUUAGCUAUCAUACAUGAAAGUUUCGUUAUACCACUCUUCCACCUGCUCUAUAUUAUAACGAGCAUGACGCAAUCCACAUAUUCACACGCACACCACCAAGUGGUAGUCGAGUAGUUGACUUUUAUAUUGGCUAAUACAAGAUUUAUAUUCACAAUCGAUUGCAUCAUGUUUUGGUGUUACUUCUAAACAAAUACCGCAUUUUGAGGUUAACAAAAACAUAUACUUCAAAAGAUGCAAAGUCCUCUCUCUUCUGAAGGUCCAUCAGAUUCAAAUCCAUUCCCAAUGGCACAAAAGUUGGAAGCGAAAGGCGGGAAUGGAGGCAAAGAAUGGGAUGAUGGAGCUGAUCAUGAGGGUGUAUCAAAGAUUUAUAUACGAGAGGGUAGCGAAGGCAUAGAGUCCAUCAAGUUCGACUAUGUCAAGAACGGGGAACCUGAAACUGGACCAAUCCAUGGUGGCUUGGGUCAAGAUUUCACUGACUCGUUUGAUAUUAACCAUACCAUUGAUGAGCAUAUCGUAUCUGUUAAGUGUUACUACGACGAGGGUGCGAUACAAGGCCUUGUGGUCAAAACCAACACCAGGACUUCCGCACUCAUGGGGUACAACCUUGGUACCAAGUUUAAACUUCAAGUGAAAGACAAGAAGAUCAUUGGGUUUCAUGGAUCUUCUGACAAAAACCUAAACUCUCUGGGAGCUUAUUUCGCACCGCUUUCUCCUGCUAAUAUGGAAAUCUAAGAGUUCUACCGAAAAGCUAUAUGUACAAGAUUCAUCGGUUUGAUUUUUAUGUUGCUUUGAAUCUGUACUAAUUGACUUUGUAUCAUCUUCCUUGUUGUUUUGGCGUGCCUUUCACUUAUUCAAUCGCUUGCACGUUACAAAUUGCAAUAGGGUAUAUAUUUAUUUUGUUUUUGUUCAGACUAAGUUCCACUUUCCUAAUAAAAAAUAAAUAUUCCAUUUUAUA